AUGUUGGGAGUCUUUGCUCGUCGGGCACUGCGUGCGGGCAUGACGUCAAAGUACUUUUCAGCUGAUGGGUUGACGGUGAAAAGCGAAGGAAAUGAGAUGGUUUACAUAGACAUAGAUGAAACUGGCUCCUUGUCGCCACUACAUGGCGACCCAGCCACCGUCGCUCGCUCAGCUCGCCUCGCACCCGACAUCCAAGCUAGGAACGCUGAACUGGUGACCUCUGAAGAAGGUUUGAGGGUCAGGAUACUCGGAGACCUGGCUGCUGGAGAGGAACUGAUGAUGUGGUUCGAUGAGGGAAUACUUGCUAUUGUCGAUAUGCCGUUUUUGACACUCAAGAAUAUUAGAGGUAAGAAGGACUACGUAUGCCACGACUGCGAGGUCCAGUUCGAGCGACCGAACCACCUCAAAGUGCAUCUCUUUCUUCAAUGCCGUGAGUUUUCACCGUCAGCAUUCUGGAAACGAUUCCACACGAAGAUAACCUCUGCGUACAUCCCCACCACCGAUCGGAUAUCCGCGUUCCGACCUUACACCGACAUAGUUUCAGUUAAUUCGCCUAUAUCUGCGCCCGCGCAUUUAGAAGCCCUUGCUGCUGAAUGGGGCAAGUCAACAAACGGGCAUCUUUGUUUGUACUGUGGGAAAAUUUACUCAAGAAAAUACGGGCUGAAAAUACAUAUAAGAACUCAUACUGGAUACAAGCCGUUACGAUGUCGAUAUUGUUUACGUGCAUUUGGUGACCCUAGCAAUUUGAAUAAGCAUGUAAGAUUACAUGCCAAUGAGGGGGGAGCUAGUGGAGAACAUGCGUGUCCAGUUUGUGGUAAAAGAUUAGCAAGAAGAAGGGACCUAUUGAGACAUGUUCGGGCAAGACACGCGAAUGUUUUGAGCGGUACAGCCACUUCGCCAUGCGCGGUACCCUAAUCUUCAUGGGGAUGACAAUUCACCACAAGAAACUUCAGUUUAUCCCUUUUUGUGCUAAAUACAAAUAAAACUUGCAUAGAAAUAAAAGCAUAAAUUUAUAAAUGACGUUAGUAUAUAAUAAUUUUAUGGUGUAAACAUGUGAUAUCGUAGGAAAGAACCUUACAGAGUAAUUACUAUUUCUAUGAUUGUAAUAAUAAUAAUCCUAAUUAAAGGACAGCAAUUACUGUGAUAAAAUUUAUUAAGCCGUAUAAUUACCUAGUGAAUGUGAAAGAUCAUAUAUUUAAUUAACAACUGUAAGUAGAGAUUAUUUAUUAUAGAUUCGUAUUAUGAAUAUUUAUGGUAUUUUGUAUAUUAAAAGAAAAUAAACUACUGGGAAUUAAAAUUAAGUUUGUAAAUACUCAUACCUACCACUUCCGUAUCUGUGGAACUAAUGGCUAGCAGUAGU